CAAAGCGUCAGUUCAAAUACCGGGGUCUUCUCGAUCUGCAGUCGAAUGCCUCAAUCCUCGUUUGAUAGGAUUGCUAAUCUCAUUAAUGAAGCAUCUUUAACACUUUCAACUAGUGUUAAAGUAACUAAUUUGCUUCAAGUGAAAGAAUUGCUGAUACAUCGCGAAAGCUCAUUGUUGGACAGCUUUUUUGAAGAGGUUGUUAAAUUUCAACAUGAUCCCAAUUCGGAAGUUAAAAAAGCUGUUAUUGGCUUCAUCGAAGAAGCUUGUCGUGUUGAUACAGGUCUGCUGAAAAGAGCAGUAGGCUCAUUAUUCUAUAUCUUUUCUACAGCAAUACAACAAGAACCACCAUCUAUCAGUUUAUUAAAGCGUCUUAUGUCAUCAAUGAUCCCGAUCUAUCGUACUGCAUUAUCAUGUGCUGUUAAAAUUGGUAUCAUUGAUUCUGGUGUAGCAAUUGGCAGUGGAAUUGGAAUCACUGCCAAUUCAACAGCUGAUAUCGCCUUGGAAACAUUUCGUACUUUAGCUGAACUUAAAGAUGAACUUGUCCGAUUAAUGUUACCAAUGGAAGUAUCAGGAACAUCAAUUUUUGGUCAAUAUCAUUCUUCAGUCGUGCAUAAUGAUGUUAUACGAAUUCAAGCAAUUAGACUAAUUGAAAGUGUAAUUAUUUUACACUCUCGUCGACUACCCAACUCUGAAAUCCCACGUGCCAAUGAAGGUGACAUAUCCUUAGAUCAGAUACCAGCGCUUACAAAUACCCAAUUACAGUCUAUCUUAGAGGCGAGUACAGCCGCAUCAUCAGCUACUCUUCUUCCCGGUGUCUGUUUAGUUAGACCUCAUCGAUUAGCAGAGGAAGCUGAACGUUUAUUUGCAGGAUUAUCAAGUUGGCCGGUGCGUGGAAAGCCUAGUGUUACUCCAGGAUCAGUUACUUGCCCAGUAGUUGAAGCAGUAAUGGAUUCAUUAGUGAAUAUUGCAAAACAAAGACCACAAUUUAUGGAUCGUGUUGUACAAGCAUUUGAAACAGUUCAUGAAAAUAUUGAAAAUGGGGAGGCAAUAAAUGACAAUCAGCAUUUGUGUGAACUGUCAAACCAUGUAGUCAAUAAUACAGUAUCUAAUAACAGUCAAACGAGUAGUAUAUGUGAAACGCUUACACCAAGUACUUCCACCUCAGAGGAAGCAUGGAAACCAUUAAAUCAGAAACACAAAUUGAGAUCUAUAGAAUCCCUUUGUGAAGUUAUGCUUCUUGAUGGUAUUCCUACACCUUUCACCAAUGAGAACACGGAUUGUGUUGCCUGUAAACUAAGAAAUCACGUGCAAACUGAAACGGUAAUUAGGAUGGUUUGUGCAGCGUGCCCAGAAUUUCCUCGGCUUUGUUCAGCACAAUGUUUUCGAUGGUGGCACAAUGUUCAUUUACCGGCACUCCGUAAUAAACCAAGAACAAUAAUCGAAUCCGAACAAACCGGUACAACGACAAAGAAAUCAAAUAACCAAGUGAUGGUUUCAGAAUUCCAGGUACUUGACCAAUCAAGUGAAUUAAAAGCGCCUGAGAAAUCAGUCCCUCAACCUUGUACAGCAUCCGUACGUCGGCUUGUCGGAAAAAGAAAACGACGUAAAAGAUUCCUAUAUUCUAAUGCAAAAAGGAAAGUUAUACCAGUCUGGCCUAAAAGUAAAUCCCGUCGUCCACCGAAAAAAACGCUAUGCUAA